AUGGGUUUUUCAGAACGCUUUCCUCGAUGGAGUUCAGCAAUUAUAGGUGUUGUUCAGCUUCUCUUAACUGCUGCAAUUAUUGGCUUAGAAGUUGGUUCAGCUUAUAUAGAUCUUGCACAUGGAACGAUUUGGGUUGGAUUUUGGGCUGGUAUUGUUUUUAUUAAGACAUUACUUUUAAUGCUAUUUAUCACUUGUUGUUGUCGGGGGCGUUGCUGUGCCACAUAUGUUCUUCUAUGGACUAUACUCAGUGGUGUAUUGGCUUGUGUUAUAAUAUAUUUUGAUCAAAUUUUUAUUAACAAUCUUUGUAAAUGUUAUUUGGGUGAUCAAUUAUGUUGUGCAGUUCGUGGUAUUGAAUCAUUACGUAGUAAUUAUUCAGCUGUUUUUGAAGAAUGUGGUCAAGCUAUAGUGCAAGGUACAAUAUCAUCAAAAGUAUGUCCAGUGACUCCAUAUGAUAAAUUAAAAUUAAUUCAAGCUCAACUUGGUUGUGCUGUUGGAAUGGUAAUUACAUGUGGAAUUUAUGUUGUGAUAUAUUUAUUUGCUUGUCUUGGUAUAUGUUUUGGUCAUGAUUAA